AUUCUACUUCAAUGGGGAUACAAAGGAUACGACGGAUCAGGGAAAGUUUUAUACGCUGCAGCAGGUAUAUUUGUACUUGAAAGGCGUCAACAUGGCCAAUUGGUUUUAGUAGAUGGACAGUUUGUAAUUAUCUUGAGUGCUAUUAGACUUUUCCCCUUUUCUUUCUAACAGAUGUAGCAAUUGCUCGAGAUUAUGUAGAUAAAAAUCGCAGAACCGGGAGUAGACUAUAGACAAGUCGGAUCCAGCCUUGCAAUUGACCCAACCAAUCGAAUCAUGGCCAUAUCAGCGCUUUACGGUAGUAUCAAAAUUGUUCGGAUGAGGUCUACGAGGCGAUCUUCAUUCAAUCCCGUCGAACGGAUAUCAGAGUUUGCUCUAAAAGGAGCAAUUAUCGCAAUGGAUUUUCUUACAACAGCAGAUCAUGAAAAAUACAGUAUUGUUAUCCUGGCGGUCCUAUUUUACAGCAAAGAGACAUUGAGCCAUCACAUUGCGACGUUCAGUAUCAAUCUUGAUCUCGAUGACGUAGAAAGUGGUUCCGGCGCGCUACCAAUGCAACUUGGUAAUAGCCAGCUGACGUCCAAUUCUCCUACAUCGGUCUUCAUUCUGAAGGCUCUGCCGAAUAUUCCGCGUGCUAUGGUGUAUAUUGACGAGGAGAAAAUUACUUUAGUCACGGUGGAGUCACCACUUAGAUUUUCAAAGCACAUUCAGGCCACUCAUAUUCACCACCCACCACUACAACUACCGAGAAAAGACAGUAGCCUAGAGUAUAUUGGGCUCGCGAUAGGAUCAGCAUCAGACAGUGUUUUCCCUCUAAUUUCAUCAUGCGCUAUUCCUCCACCUUCGCCAUAUCCAGAGAGCGACCAAACGCUUUAUCUUGGAAGCGACACAUCAGAUUUGUUUCGUGUCAGAAUCAUGCAUAAAACAAAUACAUUGCACUAUGAACUUAUAUCGAGUGAUCGACCAGUUGGACGCACAAUGAUAGUUCUUGCCAGGCGCGAAUUCAUCUCGGAAAGCUCAUUGUCUGAAACAUCAGGCGAGCUGUUGCUCAACAUUGAUUAUCUCUUAUACUCAAAUGAUUAUGGAGAUGGAGGGCUAAUUGCCUUUAAAGAAGAGGAGGAUGGAGUUGAUAUCUAUGCUUUGACGAAUCUUCAAAACAGUUCACCUGUCGUAGACUUUUGUGUGCGUGAGCCAUUGCUUCCUGGACGCGACUCUCUAUUUUUGUGCUCUGGAAUGAAAAGCGAAGGUUCAUUAAGGGAAGUUCGAUCUGGAAUAUCAGUAGUGAGCUCCGGAAGCAGCGGAAGUAAAUUAUUUGCCGGUGCAACCGGGCUCUGGAGCAUAAAAAAGAGACAUGAAGAUGCAUUCGAAUCAGUUCUUGUUGUUUCUUUCAUUCAGAGUACCAAAUUGAUGCACGUUUUAGAUGGAGACAGUUUAGAAGAAAUAGCGGAUGGUUGGGGUCUUAGUCUCGACCAAGCUACAGUCCAUGCUGGGCGGUUGGCUGAUAACCAUCUUUUUCAAGUUAAUCGUCUAGGAGUUGUUAUUGCUAGUUUAGACACAGGUUAGUCGAUAGAUCAACAGUCUAUUUAUCUCUUGC